AUGUCUUUUGUUGGUAGAUUUGCCCGUUUCGCGAAAAUAGGCGCCGUGUCCACGUUGUCUUUUGGUGCAGGAGUUGCCGUGUUUGGUAGAUCAUGGCCCGACACCUCCCAGGAACAACUCAAAGUUACAGAUCAAAGGUCGCAAGCCAUCCUGGACUCUGUGAAGGGAUCAAAGUUGUACAAGCAAUUGGCUGCAGAUAGUUCAUUUGAGCUUUUGAAUGCCUCGGAUAUGGUUCCCAAUGCACAUAGAAAGUACCACGUGGGCCAAGGCCUGUUCAACUCGCCAAAACAUAUCGCCAUUGACCCCAUAGUGUUUAUCAACAAGGACAAGGGCCAACUCUACUGUAUCAGCCAUUUUGGAGACGAGCUUGUCGGAACAGACACCAAGGUGCAUAACGGGAUAGUGUCUACACUGAUUGACGAGGAACUGUGUGUUUGUGGGUUUCCCAAGCUGCCAAACAAAAGAGGGGUCACUGCGCAACUCAAACUCAACUUUUACAACAAAGUGCCACCAAACUCCACAGUUCUUCUCAAGGCCAAUGUGGAGGAGUUUCGCGGACGCAAAUGCCUAAUAAGAGGUACUGUGGAGCUGUUCGACUCUCCAAAGACCAAGAUUGCUGAUGGCCAAUGCGUGCUUGUGGAACCUACAUGGUUCAAAUAUUUAAAUUGGGUGCCUGUUUUCAACUAA